UAGAAAAUAAAUACAAAAAAUUAAGGGGAAUGUAAUGUAAAUGUAAAAUGCUAAUGUAAAGUAAAAUGUUUAUAUGAUGAAUCCCCAAAUUGCAUUGGCAAACUAGUUAAAGAAAAUAAAAUCAAUGCUCUAUAUACAUAUGCAUGACAUCAUUGCUUAAAACGUGUUUGUGUGCAUUAGCAUGUCCGUCUCAUUUGAAUGAAUAAUCAAUAGAUAAUUUAGUCGCGACCAAUAGGUCAGCCAAAAGCGAUCUACGUAAACCAUCACCGGGGAAAGCUGAUAGAAAUCAAGAAUCACGGCGAAUCUGACCCAUCAGCAACAUGCUCUUUGUUGUCUAGGUAAGCAUGGGUGAGAGGCGGGGUUAAUUUUACAACUCAGGAGAGGGCGGAGCCUCUGAUCCAGACGCGGCCGCUGAUUGGAUUAGAUUUUAACCCGGUGACUGAGAAGGGAUUUUCUAGCAAAUAAGAAACGCCCCCACCCCGUGCCGGGAAACUAACUUCAAAUAACAAAUGUGAGACUCGGCAGCCAGACACUCACUUAUUUCUCACUCAGACACAGAGGGGUGCUGGAUGCUUUAGCUUUAUCAGACGGAACCGUCCCUAUGUUAAUAAGACAUUUUGAUCAUUUGAUUUAGAUUUGGACCGAGUGGCUUUAUUCAUUAUUGCAUGACGAGUUACAUAAAACUAUUACAAUCUUACAGUUUUUUAGUUUGACUGACAGCUGAACCGAACAGGUGGCGCGUGUGUCAGGUUCCGCUAAGCGUUCAGUAUUAGGAACAGGGAUUCAGAUGUUCCAUUCUCACAGAGCUCUUCUAAGUAAGCAGUAGAUUCAGAGGACAACAGGUUUCCUUCAGCAGACGCAGGGAUGCCAGAUGCUGGAACAGACAUGGGUACGGACAGCGGGAGGAUAUUUGGGAUGAAAGCUCCGGCUCCUGUAGCCACAGAAAACACCCACCCUUCAUCUCUACACAACGGUCCUCUAAAUGACAUCCUCAGAAACUUUUACCACACGAAAAGAGUUGGGAAUUAUCUGAUCGGGAGGAAGCUGGGAGAGGGGUCGUUCGCCAAAGUGCGAGAGGGGCUUCAUGCGAUCACCGGCGAGAAGGUGGCGGUGAAAGUGAUUGACAAGAAAAAGGCCAAAAAGGAUUCCUAUGUCACAAAGAACUUGCGGCGUGAAGGACAGAUUCAGCAGAUGAUCCGACACCCAAACAUCACCCAACUGCUGGACAUCCUGGAGACGGAGAACAGCUACUACCUCGUCAUGGAGCUCUGCCCAGGAGGAAACCUCAUGAACUACAUUUAUGAGAAGAAAAGACUGGAUGAAAGAGAAGCCCAGAAGUACGUACGCCAGCUGGUCAUGGCGGUGGAGCACCUGCACAGGGCAGGAGUUGUUCACAGAGACUUGAAGAUUGAAAACCUCCUCCUUGAUGAACAGGACAACAUAAAGCUGAUCGAUUUUGGCCUCAGUAACUGUGCAGGAAUUCUGGGAUACUCUGAUCCCUUCAGCACACAGUGUGGCAGCCCAGCAUACGCUGCCCCUGAGCUUCUCUCAAGGAGGAAAUAUGGGCCCAAAGUGGAUGUCUGGUCAAUAGGGGUGAACAUGUACGCCAUGCUGACUGGUACCCUACCAUUCACUGUGGAGCCAUUUAGCCUGAAAGCUCUACAUCAGAGGAUGGUGGACAAGGAUAUGAACCCCCUUCCUCCAUCUAUCUCUUCAGCUGCCGUCAGUCUGCUGAAGAGACUUCUAGAGCCUGACCCCGAGAAGAGGCCCAACAUCCACCAAGUGAUGGCUGACUCGUGGCUGCAGUUGGGCAACCCUCACACUGGAGUUCCUUACUUAAAUAGAAUCCACAUUGAGGAGAUCAACCAUACGGUUCUGCUCCACAUGACAGAGAAAAUGGGCUACAAACACAGUGAGGUGCUGAGUGCGGUGCUCACUAACAAAGCUUGCCACACGCUGACUGUGUACUUCCUCCUCAAUAACAAAAUGAAGAGACUCUCAAAAGAGUACAGGGAGAAACAGUACAACAUGGAGAAAGAGAAAAAGAGCGAGCUGUUUCAGACCCAGUGGAGGAAGCACAUUGAGAAGGUCACGAUUCCACCCAAGCAGACACCCGUCUAUCUCGCUGUGAGCAAAGGACCCACCAAGGAGAAGAAACACAGAACUGGUCUUCUGAAAGCUGUCACUGGAGGUUUUAAAGAUGUUUACUCAGGACGUGGUGGUUGCAUCACCUCCUCCUCUCUGGAGUACCUGGAGAUCCACCCCCUGUUCCCCAACAACCCGCAGCCAGCCCAUCCUACACCUGAGACCCAGCCGUCCCAAAAAGACAGCUCCAAAGAACCCCCAAAAGCUGUCAACAUCCCCGCUCGCCCACCUUCCUCCCUCGGUGCUCAUUCCUGGGCUUCCGCAAGCAAGGAACCGAGCAAAGAAGCUCCUCCAUCACCAUGGUACAAACUGACCAACGGAGCACUUUCUCCGCCUCGACACGUAUCUGCUUUUCAGCCCGAUAGCUCGUACUUGAAGAAGGCCACGAUCCCCAGCCCACCUGUUAUCAUCGUCAAACCUGAGCCCAAGAAAAGUCCUCCCGCUUCAGACUGGCCUAGCUCCUCAGAUUCAAGCGGUAGCCCACCCGGCAGCGUGGGCAGCGAAGAACCCGACAGCCCUCAGCACCGGAGCAAGUUCCCUUCCAUGGGUAUCGGGCAGAUUUUAAAGAGAAAGGUGCCACCCUUCAGCUUCCAGCUGCCCCCGUUCAGGCCGGAGCCUGCGGUGGAAGUGGAGUCUCCAACUCCCUACCAUAUGCAAACUCUGAUCUGCACCUCAGGGGCUCUCAAAACCCUGUGCUAAGGAUAAGAACUCUUAGAUUAUUUAAAAUCAGAUGUAUGCAGUACCGUGUUAACUCAUCAACAAUGCUUGCAGUUGGGCUUCCAACACAUAAAACAGAUAUAUUGCGAACCCCACGGGGAGAUAUUUGGCAUGUCUUACACAUAGCUAUAGUGAAGGCUUGCGGAGAACAUUUAGAACACAAUUAGAUCUUGAGGUAACAUAGCCCCAGGACAGUAGACACUGAAAGCCAAGUUCACAUGCAGCAGCACGUUCAACACGCUUCUAGUCCAAGUGCCAUGUAGCAGCUGAGCCACAACCUUUAACGCACAAUUCUUCUGUGAAACAAAGCUGUCACUGCCCACAAUGAUGUGUAUUAAUAUCUUCAUGUAUAGUAAUACAGCAAAGACUGUUAAUGAACAGCUGGAGGGGUUUUUUUGAUAGCGUGCUAAUUUGAGCAAACAAUAUUAGUGAUUUUUAAGCUCUUACUUUAUUUAACCUCAAAUUGUAAUUACACUCAGGUCGUGCUUAACUUUUUUAAUAGCCUCACUUUUAAACCUGUAGUGAAACGUCAGUAUAUCAUUAGAAGACUGUAUAUCAUUUUUCCCCUGAAGGGGAUUGCUGGCAUUUUGUAUAGCCUUAAAUAUCUUGCAUUCAGCCUUUGGGCUGUAAUGGAAGAUUUUCAGUAUCAUUUGAACUCUUGGUGUAUAAGAAUCAUUUUACCUGCAGAGCAUCAUGUUGAGUGAAAUAAUAGAUUGUGCAAUAGUGUGUAUAUAUAUUUGAUGCCUGACCUGGUUAUAACCAGGGUGGUGUUUUCUCUCCAUCGAACGGAAGAGAUUUAAAACCACCUGUACAUAGAACACAAGUGUCUUUCAUUCCAUGUGUUUAAAGGCGAUUCAUGCUGUCGUUUCACAUUAGAUUUACAAAGCAGACCUCUUUCACAGUCUUCACGUGCACAGAAGACUAUGAGCUGUGAAAAACUUUUUUUCUGAUCUCAACUACACUAUUGCAUGCACACCAGGAGUUAAAAAAAAAAAAAUGUGAUGUCAGAUUUUUGGUGACAAGUCUUUGUACUUUUGUUACGGUGAAGAUAAAUUUGAAGGUCUUUUGUAAGUUUUGUAUUGAUUUGCUUUUUUUGCCAAGUUAAAGGAGAUUUUUAACACUGUAAAAAAGAUUUAUAUAUAAAGAUUAUUAUUUGUGUUCUGAAUUUUCUAUUUUAAUGCAGCAUGUAUUACUUUUUUGACACAAAUAAAUGCACAAUACCUACA